AUGGGCUAUAAGCGCACCUUUUCCUCGUUAUCUCCCUCUUUUGGGGGAGAUAAGAUUGAGCACCCGCAUCUAAUAUUUAUAGACAAUGACACAGCGAAUGCAAAUCAUUAUGACUUCUACAUCGAAGAUGGCAACGAAAAGCCAGUUCUUAAACCAAUUUGCAAAGAAAGGGAGUAUCCAUGGGAAAAUAAAACUCGAACAGCUAUACAUUGUAAAUUUGAAGUCAAGCAAGAAGUAUUGUUCAAAACAUCAAUAUAUUCAUUUACUUUAAUACUUAAUGAUACUUCACUAAAUAACAAAAGCAUUGGGUCUGCGGCAGAGUUUCCUAUUCACCUGGUUUUCAGAGACACUCCGGAAUCACUAACUAAAUUAAAACUGUAUCCGAGUAUAACAAAAAUAUUCAGGACAGCUGCACCAUUCGCGCGAGUAGUUCAACCGAAAGAUUUAAAUGGGAACUACAGUGAUUUUGUACUUGAUGAAAUGUCCAAGUUUAAAGAGAUAUUUAAUAUAACAAAAACCGAAGGGAUCGUAUUCGUCCACGAUUUUCUCAAAUUGAAAAAUAUAACAACACAGUUCUUAAGCCUUAAUAUAUCCUGGACCAACAAUAAUAAACGGGAAUCUGAUCAAAUUGAAGUAAGACUUAUCCAUGAGCCUAAUCAGACUUGUGGAAACAUAAAUAAAAUCAAGAGGUGGAGUUCUUGUUCGGAGUAUGAAACAAUCGAUGAAUGUCUGCAACAAGAUUCUUGUGCACUUGGUACUGGAGGAUUUCAGAGUGUUAGUAACAGAAACGGUCCAAAAAGAUGCAUGUGGAGAGGCGACGAUAUCACGGUGAAUAUUACCCACUUGUAUUCAACGUGUACACCCGAAACCAAAACUUGUCCAGAUGGUAUAUGCGACUCGUUAGAAGAAUCGCAUUAUAUGUUAUGUCCCCAAGACUGUGCCGACGAAGCUAGCGGAACUAUAAUAUGUAAUUCUGGUAAAUGUCAAUCUAUUAAAUCUAGAAGAUUUGCACCAAAAGCAACUAGCAACAAGGAAAAACCACCGAAGCAACAUCUAAAAGAAGCUUUUAGUGUCUCAAGGGAGAGCAUGAUGCAGAACGUUACAUUGGGUGGAUUGGUUAGUUCCAAAUGUGGAUUUAGCUGCUUGGCUGGGAUCGGCGCCGGUGCUUUGUUUCUUCUAACCUCAACCAUCUUAAUGAUCGUCUGUUGGAAGAUCAGAAAAACUAGAAAAUCAGCCAGAAACCUCUCUGAAAAAGAUAGUCAGGAAUUAACAGCACCUUUGUCUGUACCAGCAAAUCGAGCUGGCCUUGGUGAACCACUCUCCUUUAAUUUUCCAAUGGCUUCAGCUAUAAACGACACCUCAUUUGUUAACAGUAUUCUGAGUAAAUAUACGCCCGAUCCCAAAUGGGAAUUCCCAAGAUCACAGCUCGUCAUCGAACAAACACUCGGCGAGGGAGAAUUUGGUAAAGUCUUGAGAGCCAAAGCGAAUAAUAUAUGUGGAAAACAAGAACCUCAAAUUUUACUGAAAGAUGAUCCAGUUGGUCACUACGAUGAACCGAAAGUAAGCGACAUCACUCCCAAAGAUCUUCUAUCAUUUGCAUGGCAGAUUUGCAAUGGAAUGGGCUAUCUUAGUGAUAUGAAGCUCGUUCAUAGAGACCUAGCUGCCAGAAAUGUUUUAUUAGCAGAUGACAAAGUAUGCAAAAUAUCCGAUUUUGGGUUAACUAGAGAUGUAUAUGAAGACAAUGCAUAUCUUAAACGUAGCAAAGGAAGAGUUCCAGUAAAAUGGAUGGCUCCAGAGUCACUUGCAGAUCACAUUUAUACCACAAAAUCGGACGUUUGGAGUUUUGGUAUUCUAGUUUGGGAACUUGUUACGUUGGGAGCGACACCUUAUCCGGGCAUUGCCGUCCAGAAUCUAUUCCAUUUGCUUCGACAGGGUUAUCGAAUGGAGAGGCCCGAUAACUGUUCUCCUAACUUGUACAAAAUUAUGAGAAAUUGCUGGAGCAUCGAUCCAGAACAAAGGCCAUCCUUCCAGGAUCUUAGUAAAUGGUUUGCAAAGUUACUGGAAGACAAAAUGGAGUAUAUCAAUUUAUCAAAUAAUGCUAUAUACAAUAGGGGGUAUUUUAUAUCCCCAUUUGAAGAAGAGGGAGAUGAAGAAAAAGAUGAUGAAGAAAGUAUCCUGGAUGACACAUCUUCCGAAAUCAAUCCACUGAACUACCUGUCCAGAACCGAGUCCUUAGAAAAAUGCGAAAUUAGAGAAAAAGAACUGAACGAAGAAUUAGGGAAAAUUGCUGAUGAUAAAAUAACUAAUACAGAGGGCUAUGAAACGCCCAUCAAGGUGCCCAGGAAAUUGAAGACCCCAAGUAAUGAAGAUCCUCAAGAAUACACUGACAUGGGGGGUAAAUGA